UAUUCGCCAUGUGCGAAAUAUUUGUUUAUUUCAAAUUUGAAUAAUAUAAUUAAAAAUGAGCCACCAAAGCUGUUGUGUAGUGGGUUGUAGAAAUACCGGCAGAAAAAGUGACUGCAAGUUCUAUUCAUUUUCUACAGCUAAGUGGAAAGAAAAUCAACGAGAAAAGUGGAUCGCUGCGGUUAGAAGAAUAAAUGUUGAUGGAUCACCAUGGGUUCCCAAGCCUUAUGAUCGCAUUUGCAGUGAACAUUUCAUUGGAGGAAAAAAAUCGGACGCCGUAUUGAGUCCUAGCUUCGUUCCGACAAUCUUCCCUGCAAUUUAUAAAACUCGAAAAGUUAGUGAAUCUACGAUUAUAAGCAGAUACAAGCGUUUAAUUACCCGUAAAAUAAAAAAAAAAUCACCUCCACCGUCAACUUCUGAACUCACUAUACAAGAACCAAUGCAAGUGAUAAAUGAAUGUGAACCUCCUCCGAUUGUAUCUCUAAAAGUUGACCAAGAGUGCCAAGUUGAUUUUUACUCAAGCUCCGAUGUCAACUCACAUACAUUUAUUUGCAACCGUUAUAUAACAAAUAAUUUAUGUCAUGCUGAAACUCAAACAGAAAUAGUUGUAGAUACUAGGCCGGUAAAAAUACAUGUUAGUAAUAAAAAAUUUGUUAAUAAAAAAACGCGGUAAUGAUCAAAAAACGUUUGCUGAUAAAGAAAGUCAAGCAGAUAAACUGAAAAUUUCAAGAGAUCAGUAAAUAACUUUGCGAAUAAUUGUAUUGUAGUAAUUUGGAUUAUGCUCAUAUCCUAAUUAUGUCUUUUAUCAUUAACAUAUAUUUAUU